AUGGCUUUCAGGAACCAUGCGAUUAGCUUGCUGCUGAUCUUCGUCUUCCUUGCCAUAGAUAUUGUGCAUGCCUCGCUUCCUUUUUCAGUGCCAGCUGCGUUUGAUGAAUAUCUGUCGAAGCACCCAAUAUCUGUCAAGCCCAGAAACGAGACAACGUUUGGCCCAAGAGAGAGCACACUUCAACAGGCAUCAACGAGCCCACCAAAAUUCAGCCGAACUCUCUGCCCUGUAAGCUGCGCUGAAGCCGGAGACGACCCAAGCAGCUGGACCGUCUAUCAUGACUUGGACCGCUUCUCGCAUUGUAACCAAUCUAUGCUCGUCAACUUUGCGCUCCACACCCCUCUAGAGGAUGACGACACGCAUAUUAGUCUGUACGCAUGCGCAUCAGCAGUCAACUCAGCCUCAGCAGUGGACUCAGAAGAAACUGACGCCAAAUCGUGUGCCACCGCGAAACACACCACCAAGAGGAAAUCAACACUUCAGCUAGCCUGGUCAGGCUCGAAUAGCGCUGGAAGCACGACUACGGAUAAUGCAAUCGCCGCAGUUCAACAGCUGCAGUCCUAUAUGCAAGCUGACAACUCAUGUGAUGAGAAGAUUACUUUCGCAUACUCUGACAAGGCACUUGUUGGUCUGUACGCAGGCGCUGGACUUCAGAGCCAAAAUGUCACAGGCCCUAUCUUGGAGGAGUUCUUGUCAUACAUACAGAGCAAUGGUAUAUCCGGCAAUCUUGUCGCUCAAUCUUGUGCCUCAACGUAUACAAGCUCAAGGUAUUCCAUUGGAGUCGCGCUGAGCACCGAUGCGGACUGGACGUUCGUCCAAGAAGCAGUGCAAGCAUGGAGUAAUGCCAGCUGUGUCACUGCCUAUGACGAGGCAACGACCUGGCAUGCCAUCAAUUACCUUGCACCAGUCUCAAGCAAUCAUACCUCAAACAGCACCUCGUCUAGUCGACACGCACUCCAAGCAAGGGACACUUGCACAACAAUAAGAGUUGCUUCAGGUGAUACUUGUACUACUCUAGCGGCAGAAUGUGGAAUCACCGCAGCCGAAUUCACCGAGUACAAUCCAAGCUCCGGUGAAUGCUCCUCACUCACUCCUGUGGCAGCAAAUGACACAUGCUCUGUAAUUGCGGCGACGUACGACAUUACUGUUAGCGAUAUUGAUAAUUAUAAUAACGAUACUUGGGGAUGGAUGGGCUGCAGUGACCUGCAACUUGGUGCUCGUAUCUGCCUCAGCUCUGGAUAUCCUCCAAUGCCAUCGACUAUCUCAAAUGCAGUCUGUGGCCCUCAGGUAAAUGGCACGGCUGUUGCACCACACGGAACAAAUUUGAGCACUCUUAAUGAGUGCCCAUUAAAUGCAUGCUGUGAUAUCUGGGGGCAGUGUGGUACUACUGCUGAGUUUUGCUUUGUUACUGAGUCAACAACUGGAGCACCUGGGACUGCCGCUAAUGGAACAAAUGGUUGUAUCUCAAAUUGUGGAGCAGAUAUUAUCUACUCGGAUCCUCCUGCAGAGUUUCUUAAAAUCGGAUAUUUUGAGGGCUAUGACUGGCAAAGGCCAUGCCUUGCAGAAAGUAUUCUGUCAGUCGACACAAGCAAAUAUACUCAUAUUCAUCUUGCUUUUGCUACCCUAAACGCAGAUUUCUCUGUCAAUGUUUCAUCAAUGUCUUCGAAUUUUGAUGAUUUUGGCAGUUUAUCAGGCGUGAAAAGAAUCUUAUCUUUUGGAGGAUGGGAAUUUUCAACUAGCUCCUCAACAUAUGAAAUAUUUCGACAAGCUGUUCAAGAAGCUAAUAGGGCAACAUUCAUCAGUAAUGUGCUUGAAUUCUUGGAUGAAAAUAACCUCGAUGGUGUUGACUUUGAUUGGGAAUACCCUGGCGAGCCUGAUAUUCCAGGGAUACCAGCCGAUACUACUGCCGAUGUUAUUGACUUUUAUGUCUUUUUGGGAGAAUUCUAUGAAUCGAAUGCUGGCAAAUACUCAGUUUCUGUCACUGCUCCUUCGUCUUACUGGUAUUUAAAGAAUAUUCCAAUCUAUGCUAUGUCAGCAUAUGUGGACUAUAUUGUGUUCAUGACUUAUGAUCUUCAUGGGCAAUGGGAUUACGGAAGUAAAUUUUCCGAUCCAGGAUGCCCAGCAGGCAACUGUCUUCGAUCUGAUGUGAAUAUAACGGAGACUCUUAAUUCCUUGUCGAUGAUCACUAAGGCUGGGGUUCCCUCAAACAUGGUUGUGGUUGGAGUAACUAGUUAUGGUCGUUCGUUCAAGAUGACAACUCCAGGUUGUUAUACUGACAUGUGCACCUACACUGGGCCAGAUUCUGGUGCAACUCCUGGGCCAUGCACUGACACUGCAGGCUAUUUAGGCAAUGGCGAGAUUGCUGAUAUCAUUGCCCAGAAUUCAUCUGGAAUGAUCCAGUUUGUGGAUGAAAGUUACUCUAAUAUCCUUGUCUAUGAUGAAGACCAAUGGGUAUCAUAUAUGGAUGAUGAGAACAAGGAACAGAGAGGCGAGCUUUAUUCUGUCCUUGCCAUGGGUGGAUGGGUAGAUUGGGCAAUCGAUCUUCAAAAUAAUGGUUCAACAAGUUACCUUGACCCUGGAUCAAGCACCAAUGGUUCCGGAACUAUUUAUAUCGAUCCCAGUAUUUGGACUAAUGACACUGGAACUCUGGAUUGCAUCCCGCCUUGCUCAUUUAUAAUGCCCCCACUUCCUCUGUCAACUAACACCACCGUCUCAAUUCCUCCAACGUCGAUAGUUGUGGUGGUUUCUAGUCCUACGCCUGUUAGCACGACCAUUGGGACAACAACAACUACACUUAUCUCCUACAUCCCUAUGUCGAUACCGACGGUGUUGAAUAUACCUGCGUACACUGGCCCUUCGAUUCCCGUCUGGGGGGUCUCUGUUCCAUCCGGGUCACCCUACCCUACGACAAUUCCAAUGAUAUCUUCCAUUCAGCCCACUCCUUUCCCAGUUGUUAUCACCCCUGUUUGGGGAGGGACAACAAACGUCUCAGGUGGCACAGUCACCACUCAGACUCCAAUGACUUAUAUAUCGGGGCAUUAUACAUAUAUUGGUCCAUCAGGAACACACAUAUUUGGAGGAUCGACCACCAUAACUGGUGGGACCACAGGAACUCCAAUAACAACGACCUUCACUCCAAAUCCAUACCCUGAUACAGCACAAUCCACGCCAGAUAAGACUUUGAACACUAGAAGGACAUCGUUUUCAAAGGGAAAGCCCAAGGAAACAACCCACAAGGGUUCCAAGGGUGCCGGCCAUGCUUGUCAUUCCUUCUGUCAUCCCCACUGCCCUUAUUGUCCACCUGAUUUUGGGGAUACUUCAGAUGAUGGGGGAUCAGGAGGUGGCGGUGGUGAUGGUGGUGAUGAUGGCAGUUCAACUAAAUCGUCAGACCCCUCUUCCACUGGCAGUUCCAAGUCCACUUCGAGUUCCAGCUCCAGUUCUAGCUCAGGUGAAUACACUGUGGCAGCUCCGGCAUUUAUUACUGCAGAUCGGCCGAUUACCACAGUUGGUUCCGCUGCCCUAGCCUCAAUGGAGUCCGAUAUCGCGUCAAUGUGGAACGCGAUGUUUCCAGUAACCACUACUGCCACUACGGGCACUGCUUCUACAGGCACCGCUACGGGCGCUGCGGGCUCUGGGGGCUCUACAAGCACAGCUACAGACUCUGCGGGUACCGGGGGCUCCGGUGGAUCCGGUGGCUCUGGAACAUCCUCGACUCCAUCAACCACCGCUGUAUCCUGGCCAACCAUAACUGGGUCCACAGUCAGAACUACUGGUGCAUAUUGCUUCACUGAAGCGGACGGCUACACCCAAUUCACAUUGGAAAACGCAGCUACCGCUUCAGAAAACUUCUGCAAGAAGAAGUACAGGUUAAAAUCUGGGGACGCAACAAUCAGCUAUACUACACAAUUCACAGAGGAAUCAUACGCCAUUGUAGUAUCUGGAGGCUGGGCACCCGACCAGUCAGGAUGUGGUGGUAGCGAGGAGACGUGGGAUUUCACUGGUGAUCCUAGUGAUAACGCAGUCGGUGUCUGUAUGGACCAAUGGAUGCCUGAUUAUUGCGACAGCGCUGAUCUAUCCACCGAUCUAUCGUACGGAGGAGGAUAUCUUGUCAAUGACCAUCACGGCUGCAUCUUGUUUGAACUAUAUGCCUAUCCUAUUUCCACGACGUGA